AUGCCUGGCCCCUCUGGACGUUUGCGGUCGCCUCCUUCGAAAUCCAAACCGAGAAUACCAACAGUCUCAAUCCCUUCUCAUGGAUCCCCUCCCACAUCCCGGCCAACAUCUCGCACACAUCAACGCAUUAAACAUGCUUCAGACCGGAUUCAGUCGAACGCAGCCAGUGAUAGAGCUACUGCAGCCUUGAUUCGCCGAGUUCUAUGCCCGAACGCCAGUGGCCAUGGCGGCCUGGAUCGUGGCAGCCCUCGGCCGCUGGAGGAGCUGCUUCCUCCACUAACCAGCAUGAAUGAAGUUGAUCUCCAGCUCUAUGCCCUGAUGGCUGUCGUUAUGAGAGAGUUUGUUUACUCUUGGUAUUCGAAGAUCACCCCUGAUACCCUUUUCACGGACGAGGUCAUCCAGCUUGUUGCACACUGCACCAGGGCUUUAGAGCAGAGAUUACGGCAGAUUGACGUGGAGACGCUACUGUUUGAUGAGAUUCCUGCACUGCUUGAAGCACAUAUCAUUGCCUACCGAACUGCUCGCGACAGCUCCGCAAGAGGGGAAGACUCAGGUCGCCGAUUACGUGUGGUCUAUCAUACGCUAAAUCCACAUCCGGCGCUAUCACCAGUCCCCGGCCCUGAUGACGGGGAUGUAGUGAAGCAACAAGAGGCCGAGAAGAUAUACCGUCAGCUCCUAGCCCAUGGAGCUAUGGCUGUGCUCCUUCCAACAGAAGAUUUGCAAAACGUUUGCUUACGAACAUUGGUUGGAGAUAUAUUAGCCGAUCUACUCCUGGGAGGGGUUGUCAGCGGGAAAGUUGCUGAGGGCUGGUUCAUCUGGGAUGCCAUCUCGAAGAUUCUCGCAAGCUUGAACCACAAAACACAGAAUGAUGGUGUGGAACACGAUCAAAGUGGCAAUCUAGAAAAAGGCGAUCACGAACCUGAUCAGGAACGAUCAUCUAAGUUUGACGGUUUAUCGACUCAGAGAAGCCAAUCGAUCCUACUAUCAUCUCUUUUCAGUUUGAUGCAAUAUUGCUAUCUAGCUUAUGUUGCAUUUCGGUUCGUGGCAUUGGGGUUGUUUCGUGUCUCAUCAACAACAACCUCCUCCACGGCAUAUGCUAGCAAUAGCAGCAACACUAAAGAGGCAACCCCUUCCAGGCCAAAGGGUAACAUCGUGCGACUGCCCGUUUUGGAGUAUCGAAUCUUUAGCGUGAUUUCGCAGCUUCUUGACAUAUCGAGCCGGAUGCCAUGGCUUGGAGGGUUUCUAGCCCUUGUUCAACACCUCCUGAUGACAGGCCCGGGUAAAGUUGGAACGGUUGAUGGAGUCAUUGACAGGUGA